GGUGGGUGCACGCGCAGCGCAGGCGCACUUCCGCUCAGCUCGCGGAGGCUUCUGCCGCGGUGGCGACUAGCUCGCGGGGCAUGGUCCCCGGGUCCGAGGGCCCGGCUCGCGCCGGGGGCCUGGUAGCUGACGUGGUGUUUGUGAUUGAGGGCACCGCCAACCUGGGGCCCUACUUCGAGGGGCUCCGCAAGCACUACCUGCUCCCGGCCAUCGAGUAUUUUAAUGGUGGUCCCCCCGCCGAGACGGACUUCGGGGGAGACUAUGGGGGGACCCAGUACAGCCUCGUGGUGUUCAACACGGUGGACUGCGCUCCCGAGUCCUACGUACAGUGUCACGCUCCCACCAGCAGCGCCUAUGAGUUCGUCACCUGGCUCGAUGGCAUUAAGUUCAUGGGCGGGGGCGGCGAGAGCUGCAGCCUCAUCGCGGAAGGCCUCAGCACGGCCCUGCAGCUGUUCGAUGACUUCAAGAAGAUGCGAGAGCAGAUUGGCCAGACACACCGCGUCUGCCUCCUCAUCUGUAAUUCGCCCCCAUACCUGCUGCCCGCUGUCGAGAGCACCACAUACUCUGGGUGCACAACGGAAAGUCUCGUGCAAAAGAUUGGGGAGCGAGGGAUCCACUUCUCCAUCGUGUCCCCUCGGAAGCUGCCUGCCCUGCGGCUUCUGUUCGAAAAGGCAGCCCCCCCGGCCAUGCUGGAGCCACUGCAGCCGCCAGCAGACGUGAGCCAGGACCCACGGCACAUGGUGCUGGUGCGGGGACUCGUGCUGCCCGUCGGGGGUGGCUCGGCCCCAGGCCCCCUCCAGCCAAAGCAGCCUGUCUCCCUGCCUCCGGCUCCAUCCUCCAGUGCUGCGCUCUCGGCAGCCCCCCAGCAACCUCUGCCCUCCGUCCCCCAGCAGUACCAGGUUCCCGGGAACUUGAGCGCAGCUCAGGUGGCUGCUCAGAAUGCAGUGGAGGCUGCCAAGAACCAGAAGGCUGGGCUGGGCCCGCGCUUCUCGCCCAUCAACCCUCUCCAGCAGGCGGCUCCCGGAGUGGGUCCCCCCUUCAGCCAAGCCCAGGCCCCUGCGCUGCCACAGGGGCCACCUGGCGCCCCCAAGCCGUCUCCCACUUCCCAGCCCAACCUGGUCUCCACGGUGGCUCCUGUUCAGGGCCUGGCCCCCAGUGCGCAGCCUGGGGCCCCGUCCAUGCAGGCGGGCACGGUUGCCCCAGGUGGGGUGAGUGGCCCUUCCCCAGCCCAGCUAGGGGCCUCGGCCCUCGGGGGGCAGCAGUCCGUCUCCAACAAGCUCCUGGCCUGGAGUGGGGUCCUCGAGUGGCAGGAGAAACCCAAACCUGCCUCUGUGGACGCCAACACCAAGUUGACGCGGUCACUGCCUUGCCAGGUCUACGUCAAUCAGGGCGAGAACCUGAAAACAGAGCAGUGGCCCCAGAAACUGAUCAUGCAGCUCAUCCCCCAGCAACUGCUGACCACACUGGGCCCUUUGUUCCGGAACUCAAGGAUGGUCCAGUUCCAUUUCACCAACAAGGACCUGGAGUCGCUCAAAGGCCUCUACCGCAUCAUGGGCAACGGCUUUGCGGGCUGCGUGCACUUCCCCCACACGGCCCCCUGUGAGGUGCGCGUGCUCAUGCUCCUGUACUCGUCCAAGAAGAAGAUCUUCAUGGGCCUCAUCCCCUACGACCAGAGCGGCUUUGUCAACGGCAUCCGCCAGGUUAUCACCAACCACAAGCAGGUGCAGCAGCAGAAGCUGGAGCAGCAGCGCGGGAUGGGGGCGCAGCAGGCACCGCCCGGGCUGGGCCCCAUUCUGGAGGACCAGGCCAGGCCCUCACCGAAUCUGCUCCAGCUCCGCCCACCGCAGCCCCAGCCUCAGGGCACUGUGGGGGCCUCUGCAGCCGUAGGGCAGCCCCAGCCCCAGAGUGCUGCCCAGGCUCCCCCAGGUGCUGCCCAAGGCCCUCCCGGAGCAGCGCCUGGCCCGCUCCCUCCUGGACCCAUCCUUCGGCCCCAGAACCCUGGGGCCAAUCCCCAACUGCGGAGCCUCCUCCUUAACCCACCACCGCCCCAGACGGGGGUGCCCCCACAGCAGGCUUCCCUUCACCACCUCCAGCCACCGGGGGCCCCUGCGCUGCUGCCCCCACCGCACCAGGGCCUGGGGCAGCCCCAGCUGGGACCCCCCCUCCUGCACCCGCCACCUGCCCAGUCCUGGCCUGCACAGCUUCCCCCGCGGGCUCCACUGCCAGUGUCACAACCAAAGAGAGAACGAGAGGGCCCCGUGUUUCGAAAAAAAUGGGAGCGAGACUAUUUCUUUGUGGAAGUGAAGAACAUGCCUACGUGUUUAAUAUGCAAAAAAAUCAUGUCUGUGUUGAAAGAGUACAACCUGAAACGUCAUUAUGAGUCAAAGCACAGUAAGAACUUCGACCAGUAUACAGACCAGACACGAGAUGCGAUGCUCAUUGAACUGAAAAAGGGCCUCAAGUGUCAGUAGGGUUUGGAAAGCCAACCAGAGAAAUGACGUGGCUGCCACAUGCAGUCUCACAGUGAUGUGAAGAGAAUUACCUGGGCAUUAAAACCUCCGACACACGGCGAGUUUAUAAAGGAGCAGAUGACAUGUCCUGGACAGAAAACACAUCUGUUUGGGCCAUUAUUUAAGUCGAACAGGCGUUGAUUUGCGUUGUACGGUGAGUCGAAGAGAAACCAGAAGAUUGACAAGUCCAGUUGCUCGAAAGAGUCAAAUCUAUUGUGGCCUUUUCUGUUUCUGCGCGUGAACGACUUCCGCCCAGUGAGCUUUAUUUAUUUGUGAAGUUGAGAAUUUUCAUGUGACCGAAGAAGCCUGUGACAUGGUGCCAGGCAGGCCCAACGCUGGGAAAAGGCUUAUUUUUGUGUAUUUGCAGAAGUGAAAAGUUUUACGUAGACAGGUCCGAACUCCUAAGCACAGCCACAGACAGUUGUGGUGAUGCAAUGACCUAUGUCACAGGGGAACUUGUCGGGACUCCUCAGUCCAAGGUGGCAGCGUUUGGUGAGGACAGUCAGGUGAUUGUAUCAGUCGCCUGGAACGGAGCUUCUGUACGCUCAUCACAGGCAGGUUGGCGGGGAGCUGAGCCAGUGUAUUCCACAGAAGCCCUCUGACCUGGUCGUCACGUGACGUGUGGGAGAAGGCAGAACUGCUGCAACCAACCUACUUGGUUCAUUUCCGAUGAGGCAAAAGCCACACCUUGGUUUCCCUGUGAUAGUUGGUCAAAGACUUGGGGUCAAGGUUAUGACCCUUCCGAACACUUUUUCUGCGCAAGAACAUUCACAACAGCGACUUGAAUGUAUGAUCAUGUCUGCCCAGUCCUGGCAAAGACGGGAAGCCAUGAGCAAGGAACAUUCUGCCUCCGUUUCCUUGGCUGCAGUUGGUUUCCAGAAAUGGAAGACAUGACCCGACAGUAUUUACCCAAAUUGUGGGGUUAAAGACCGAAUUCCCCGAAGCUUUCUGCAGCCAGACUCUGUGAGGAUGGACUGACACUGCCAGGUUGCCUUUGCUGGGCGAUGCCGGCCGUGCGAUGCAGGCCACGCAGAGUAGUUACGGAACCACAGUGCAAUAGGGAGCUGGUCCCGGAGCCGGCCCCGCGGCUCUCCAGUAGUUGUCCUGAGUCUCCACAUGCGGAGGUCCCCACGGUUGUGAAAGGCGGUUUUCCGUUACGAAACGGAAUCAAAUUAAACACCGCUCCCAGGGUUCAAGGCUGAAUUCUUUAGAGCCCAUCCCACGCGCCCCCCGGGCCUGACGCUUCCUUCUCGGGCGGAAGUGGUGAUGUCAGCCUUCUGGCUUCGCCUCAAAGGAGCAAGAGAAUGACAAAAGAGAAAAUUUUAAUAAUUAGAUCUAUUUUUCAAUUUGUAUUUUUUCAACUCUGAAUUUGAAAUAUAAAACUCCAGUACCAAACAUGUUUGUAUUAUGUUCCAUGCAUUCACCAUAGUUCAGUAAAGAUGCAAUUUGAUUAUA